GUUCCAUUCCGAUUCCAACGCACCAUUCUUUUUUAUCGCUUUCGGCCAGCCUCUCGGUCGAACCAAAAAACUGCCCACGGCUAGCUGCCACGCGCUUUCUCGGAGAGAUCGACAAGCUGCACCCUCAUAUCAUUCAUCGAUGGCGAGCCUUGGGCUGGUCCUGCUUGUCGCCGUCGUCGUGUCCGCGGCGCUCAUGCCACCGUCCGCCGUCGCGCAGCAGCUGACGCCGGACUACUACGCCAGCACCUGCCCCAACCUCGAGGCCAUCGUCCGGCGCUCCGUCCAGCAGUCCAUGGUGCAGUCCCAGAUCGCCGCGCCCGCCGCGCUCAGGCUCUUCUUCCACGACUGCGCCGUCAUGGGCUGCGACGCGUCGAUCAUGAUCGUCAACUCGAACGGCGACGACGAGUGGCGGAACACCGCCAACCAGUCGCUCAAGCCGGAAGGGUUCCAGGCCAUUCUCAGCGCCAAGGCCGCCGUGGACAGCAACCAGCAGUGCCAGUACAAGGUGUCGUGCGCGGACAUCAUGGCCCUCGUCGCCAGAGAAGCCGUCUUCCUGAGUGGCGGGCCGUACUACCAGGUGGAGCUCGGCCGGUUCGACGGCAGGGUGUCGACUAGGGACAGCGUCCGGCUGCCGAGUGUCAACUUCACCCUGGACCAGCUCAACGCCUUCUUCUCCGGCCUCGGCUUCUCCCAGAACGAAAUGGUCGCCCUCUUAGGCGCGCACACCCUCGGCGCGGCGGACUGCCCUUUCUUCCAGUACAGGAUCGGCGACCCGAGCAUGGACCCGAGCCUCGCGUCCCAGCUGCGCGGCACCUGCGGCUCCAACCCCAGCGGUGGCUUCGCGUUCUUCGACCCCUCGCCGGUGAGGUUCGACAACGCCUUCUACCGGAACCUGCAAGGAGGCAGGGGGCUCCUGGGCACCGACCAGGUGCUGUACAGCGAUCAGAGAUCACGCAGCGCGGUCGACUCCUACGCGUCCAACCAGGGCGCCUUCUUCACCGACUUCGUGGCGGCGAUCACCAAGCUCGGGAGGAUCGGGGCCAAGACGGCGGCUACUGGUGAGAUACGCCGCGUCUGCAACUUCCCAAACUAGCGAGCGAGUAUCUGAGCUUAGUUUAUUGGCAACGACUGCUAUGCAUGCAAGCAGUCCUUCUUUAUAAGCAUGCAAGCAAACUAUCUGUUCCAUUAGAUUACGAUCCAACCACAGAUAUAACCAUGAUUUGUUAGAGGAGUUUUUUAUAAAGAUUAUUGAGCUGGUGGUGAAAA